AUGGCUGCCCGCGUGGACUUGUCGACCCAGGCUUGCGAUAUCUGUCGGAAGCGCAAGGUCAAAUGCCAUCCACCCCCGUCAUCGUCCGACGCGACGAGAUGUGGCCGAUGCGCCCGGUUGAGCCUGCCUUGCACCUUUUUGUCCCCCUCCCGGACGCGAGGCCCGAAGAAACGGACACGUACACACGUGGAAUCAGAAGGACGGUCGUCCAGCGUUUCUGCGGACAAUGGGGAUACGGAUACGUUCAAGUACUCCACCGAUGAUCUAUGCGACCGGGGGCUGUUUACUCUCAUCAUGCAAGAUUACCUGAACUAUCUUUAUCCCCUGGUUCCCAUCGUGCACCGGCCAUCCUUCCAGCAGUUCUUGCGAGAAAACCGAGAGUGCAAGGAUGGCGGAUUCCUCAGCCUGGUAACAGCGAUCGCGGCCGUGGUCGUUGCGACCAUGCCCAGCAGAUUCCAGCUCUACCAAUCUUAUCACUCACCCUUGCGGUUUGCAUCGCGUAGAGAAAUGGCUCGGUAUUGCUAUGACAAGAUCAUGAGGUUGAGGGACGCGACCUACUUUGACCAGAUCAACUUCCAGAAGUUUGCCACUUCCUACCUAUUGUAUGCUGCCUUCCGCCAGUUGGGCGACCACAACAUGUCCCGGAUGCUGGAUGUCGAGGCAACGCAGAUUGCUCGUCUGUUGAACCUUCAUCGCAUAUCGGAAUACGAUGGCCUCAACUGCAUAGAGGCCCAGUUGCGGAAAAAGGGCUUUUGGUUGAUUUUCUAUGGCUUUGUCCACAAUCAACUGCAAAACGUUCUAGGAGAGCGAUUGUCAUAUCUGGACCCAAUUAUUCUCCAUUACAUUAACCCAGAAGACUUGAUGCCCCUCGAGGUGGAUGAUGAAAUGAUCUUUGAGCACGAAGUGCUCUUGCCACCAUCCCCAACUCCCUGCCUGAUGACGGGGUUCAUCCUCCAUUCACGUGUCUUUUGGGCUGCUGUCAGGAGCACAUGCCCGGAAUCACCAACAGAACCAUGCCCUUGCGCAAGGGCCCGCGAUCUAAGCAUGCAAAUUGCCUACCUUCAAGACCGUCUUCACAACCUGAAGGUUUUACUGGAGGAUAUCCCGCCUUCUCUACAGGCAUGGCAGCCAUUGGAUGCCAAGAUCAUCAGUGAUGUGGAUGGGGGUGGCCGUAUGGCAGAUGUGCAAUCACAGUUCGCUUCUAUGCGCGCGAAUUUGCAUGUCACACAUCUGUGGCUACAGAGUCUACUCAUUGAUCAACUAGAGACAGCCCAGGUGCACAAAAGGGGGGGAUCGGCUUCUAUGCCCCGCACGCAGCCAACUGCAGAUGCCAAGGCGCUGUGGCUCCAGAGGGAGGAUCUCUGCCGGCAGCUAUUCUGUGUCCUCUACAGCCUGCCGCAGAUCAACCUGGAAGCAAACGGACUACAUCUGGCCUGCAAAGUGCGCGAUAUUGCGGCAAGCCUCCUAAUAUGCCCGUUCCACCCAGCCGACCCGGAAGCCGAGCGAGCAGCUGGGUAUCUUCGACAAUCAACCGAUAUUCUGUCCCGAUUAGACAGCAGCGAAUGCAUGGUCACCAUGCAUCUACAAACUUGGGUCGAUACGGAUCGAAUCAAGAAGUGA